CUCGAUUCUUCGGUCGCUAACCGACUACGAAGUACGAGUACUCGCACGAGACACGGGCAAGAUCCGGCACUCAUUUGUUUGGAAAAACGUCGGUAAAGUAGAUUUAUUGUUCGAGUGUGCUACCAAAAAUUAUUUCCACACUUUUUGGUUCUUUGUCUAUCGAAUGUUGAGACAGUAAAUAUAGAUUAAUUUUUUUGAACUUUUGAAAAUGAUUGUUUGAUGUGUUUUUAAUAAGCCAAGUGUUUGUUUGGAAUUUUUUGGAUAUAGUCAAUUUUGGAUAGUUUAUUAUAGUAAUUCUAAUUAGUAAGUAAUUGUCAUACAAAAUGGGUGCGAAGCAGUCAAAAAGGUCAGUAGAUAUUACAAAUACCCCAACAAAAGGAGAAGUUGAAGCUGUAGGUGAGGGAGAAGGACGAGUAGUUAAAAUUGGUGAUGCAGAUAUUAAAGCCACAACGAACGGCGCAGUUCCACAUACAGAUUUAGAAAUAGGGGAAAAAGAUGAAAACGAAAAAGACCUCACAGCUGAAAAAGAGAACAAGGAAGAAAACGUAGUAGAAGUAAAAGAAAACGGCGUAUCAGAAUCAGAAGAUGCGAAAACACCAGAAUCCGAAUCCGAAAAUGUAAACGAAUCAGAAAAGUCAAUCGAGAAUACAGAAAACAAAACAGAAGAGACGGCGGAAGCUAAGAAACAGAAAGAAAAGAAGAAAAAGAAAUGGUCGUUUAGAAGUAUAUCAUUCUCUAAAAAGGAUAAAUCUAAACCAAGCAAGGACUCUGAGAAGAACGGUGAUGUUAAGGAAGUAGCGGAAGAGAACGUUGAUGAAUCAGCCACAUCUCCCACAGCUGAAUCUCCAAAAACUGAGAAACCAGAAUCCACAGAAUCCACAGAAGCCGCUACAGUUCUCAACGGAGAGGCAUCAAAAGAUGAAAUCGCCAGCGAAGCACCCAAAACAGAAGCCGCUACACCCGUAGAGGAAGAGCCCAAAAAAGAGGAACCUGUGGUAGAUGAGCCUGCAAAAGAGGAAGCAAAAGAGGAGCCGAAGAUAGAGGAACCCAAGGCAGAGGAACCUAAACCUGUUGAAGAAGCAGAAUCACCUAAAGUCCCCGAACCCGUUACUGAAUCCGCUCCCUCUCCCCCGGAACAAGAGGAACCCGCUACCAUAAAUCCACCAACUGAGGAAACCAAAGAGGUACCUCCUGUAGCUCCGAGCGAAACGUCAAAAGAAGAAGGGGAAAAGGCUGCUCCUGCGGAGGUUGUAACGGUAGAAGAAUAAGUUCAGUCCUUCCACCAAAAGUAAUAAGUUUUUAUACAUACAUUUUAAACAAAACAAAUUGAUCAUAUUUGGCAGUGAUCAAAUAAAUCCGACCAAAUCACACAUGGAAGCUGCCUAACCGACUCUCAUACAUUUAUCCAUUAAAAAAAUGUAAUCAGAAGUUUUAAUACUCCCAUAAUAAAAUAUUUUAUAUUGUCUUUAGAAAUCUGGACAGUUUUUAUAUGUCGUUCAAACGACUUUUUUAAUCGUAUACAAUUUUGUAAUAUAAAAAAUUUAGUGUAGUCUUAGUAUCUAUUUCCUAGGUGAGCUUAUUUUGAAAAAAAAAAAAUCUUGUGUUUUAUCAUCACUUUUAUAUUAUAAAAUAGCCAGUCAAUGAGCAUUGUUACGAAUAUAUUCAUUAUCGUCUCUGCUAUUAUCGCUACCAUAUAAAUAUUCCAAUUAACGAAUGAAUGUUAGACAAAUUCGCAAUAUAAAAUAUUCCAGAGAUCUUUGUUAGACGAGCAUUUAUUAAAUUUUUGCAAUAAUUGGUGCUGUAUUCGUUUUUUUAAACAACAGUUAUUUAAGAAAAACAACAAACUUAAAAUUAAUCUAAAUUUAAAAUAAAAUAUGCCAUCUAAUACUUCUUGAUUAAUUUUAAAGCUCUUUAUUUGUUGUCAAUUUUUUAACAAAAUAUAAGCUGGUAUUGACACGGGUCUUGCUAUUCAAUCAAAAGAUGUGUUUGACUUUUCCCUUUGAUAUUGUUGUUUAUGAACUUGAAAUUAUGUUACCAACCUACGCAUAGACAUAUAUAAUACUUGUAUGUUUAUGCACGUAGGUGAUCAAACUCUAACCAACUAAAUAAUUUCAAAUAUUGGAUAUAUUAUAUUGGGACAUGCUGUAUAUAAAAUGGUCAAUGACUGGUCUAUUUGAAUGUUAAUUAAAAGCCAAACAAUCAAUUUAUUUUAUUUGUAAUUAUAUUCUUAUUUAGCUUGUAUUUAGAUUAGAUACAUAUCUUAUAUUAAAUUAAAGAGAGAGGAAAGUCAUGUACUUGCUCCGUGAAAUUUUUGUAAAUGUAUUAGCUGUUAAAAAUGUUUUUUGAGAAAUAUCGGGCCAAAUUGUCUUCAUUCUUCAAAAUUCAGUUUUAAUCACAGUGCCAGAUCACAACAAACUAAAAUUGUAGUUUUAUUUUGAGGUUCACUCACACAUUUCUUAUAACCUCUUCAAUUCAGUUCUAAAAACGAGUUUUCAAAAAUUAGAAGAUUCGAAUUUUGAAUGAAUAUAUUUUGAAUUUCAUGAAUAUAUCAGUUAAUCUACAGUUAGUUAAUAAAAAGUUUUUGUUUGUUGUGACUCUUAAGGUAUUUUUUUGUUUUUAACUGUAUAAAAGUGUUACGAAAUUUUAAAGAAAGUAUAAAUGUGUAGAAUAGAUAAAUCGGCCGUUUAAGAAAUAUUCACAGUGUGCUUCUUGUAUUUUCUUAUAUAGGCAACUAGUUCACUACUGUUUUUUAACCUAUUCAAUAAAGUAAGUUCUUUCUGUUUCGUUUGUUUUAUCUUAGAUAAUAAUAGAAGAUUUUUGUCAUUUCCUACACUAGUAGUCACAGAAUUGGGAAGAAGACUUAUUGAAAUAUUUAUGCUGAAUUUUCGAUAGGUAGGAUUAUUAAGACAUGAAUUUAACUUGUAGAUAUUUUUGACGUUUAAACGUUGGUAAAAACGUCAGUCGUCUUUCUUUUUUGAUUUUUACGUUUCACUUCUUAUGUUUCAAAAAUAAAAACCUUAUCCUGUAAAAGGUAUAUUUUUACAAGAUUUUUACAAUAUACCUUUUACAAGAUAAGGUUUUAUUUUUUGUGAUUUAUGGUAUACAGCCAGUUACAGGAAUUUUUCCUUGUGAUAUUUCUUAUGUUUCACUUGCUCAGAAAUUUUCAAUAAUGAGUAUUUUGCCAAAAUGCUGUCACAAAGAUUCUAAAACCAUGUAUCCGGUUUGCUCACUCAUUUUCUUUAUUUAGUUCCUAUGACCAAGUGUCCGUUUAUGUUUGAACCGUUAACUGUGGUAAUUGAAAUAUAUCGUCAAAGGUAAACGUUUUCCUAAUAUUCAUCGAUUUUUUGUUUCAAUAUUUCAACUUAUUUCUUAUUCGCAAGUUUAGAAAUAUUAUAUUAUCAAUUUCUAUAGUUUAAGAUAAUCUAUAAAAUAUUGUUAUGGAAUAUCCUUAGCUCUUUUCCAGUUUUCUUUAAAUGGUUCUAGCAUCUUAGUUCCCGAUUAUAAGCAGCAUAUUACUGCCUGUCUUUUUUUCGUCCACGUUUAAAUGAUUCAAUAUUAUUUUCACUUCAGAUGAAUCACGAAAAAUAAUGCACUUUUUAGAAUGACUACGUCGUUACCAACAGUUAGUUGACAGAUCUGUUAGGAUUAGUUAUGUCUCUUUUGUCUGUAGUAAAGAUCUAAAUUUCUCUAAGCAGUCAACAGUAAAGGAUGUUACUGAAUGAGUUGUUUGUAUAGAGUUUAGUUGAAUUAACAUGCCUUAUAAUUUUUCUGUGAUGGAAAAUGUAAUAGUAAGGUAAAUGAAAGGAAUUGUAAAAAGUAGGGAAUUGAUGAUUUGUAUGUUGCUAGUAUCAGUAUGUAGAGUGUAGGACGUGGUCAAAAUAACUUCUAAAUAGUAACGUAACGUUUUGUGUACAUUUUAAAGAGUUUAAAUAUUUACAUUUACAAAUUUGUAUCGCCUAAAUGUGAUUUUACGAAGUAAAAAUGGUUGGUUUUGCAAAAAUUAUAAUAAAAAUUUAAAAUUACACAACGAAAUUUACGUGUCUCGAAAUUUCUACAUUAGCGAUUAAGUUUUUAAUUUUUUAUCAACUCAAAAGUAUAUUCUGUCUCUUGUAUCAGUGUCCCACAGCUAUUUGAUAUUUCGCUAUUACUGUAUCUACCGACUUAUCAAAAAGGCUGUGUGUAGGUAAAAAUGAUUGAAAUAAAAAUCUUCAUGUAUGUGUGAAUGUGUUUAUAAACAUAAAUAUAUAAUUUAGGAUGUUU